GCCGCGGCGUCUUUAGCGGCGCCCAGUGCAGGAUGGUGCUGGAGGCGGCGGCGGCGGCCGUGGUGGCGGCGGCUUCGUUGGCGGCAGCGGGAGGGGGUGCUGUGGCAGCAGCGGCGGCGGCGCCCGCGGGUGGUAUAAAAUGGCGGAUUUCGAGGAGUUGAGGGAUCUCCAGUACAAUGUUGAAUAGAAGCGGUGAUGGGGGCAUCCUGAUCUUGUUCCUGAUUUUAAAGGGAAUGCUUUCAGAGUUUCACAAAUAUGGUUUCUAGUUUUAGGGUUUCUGAACUACAAGUGUUACUAGGCUUUGCUGGACGGAAUAAAAGUGGACGCAAGCAUGACCUCCUGAUGAGGGCGCUGCAUUUAUUGAAGAGCGGCUGCAGCCCUGCGGUUCAGAUUAAAAUCCGAGAACUGUAUAGACGCCGAUACCCACGGACUCUUGAAGGCCUUUCUGAUUUAUCCACAAUCAAAUCAUCGGUCUUCAGUUUGGAUGGUAGCUCAUCGCCUGUAGAACCUGACUUGGCUGUGGCUGGAAUCCACUCGUUGCCUUCCACUUCAGUUACACCUCACUCUCCGCCCUCUCCUGUUGGUUCAGUGCUGCUUCAAGAUACUAAACCCACCUUUGAGAUGCAGCAGCCAUCUCCCCCAAUUCCUCCUGUCCAUCCUGACGUGCAGUUAAAAAACUUGCCCUUUUAUGAUGUCCUUGAUGUUCUUAUCAAGCCCACAAGUUUAGUUCAAAGCAGUAUUCAGCGAUUUCAAGAGAAGUUUUUUAUUUUUGCUCUGACACCUCAACAAGUUAGAGAGAUAUGCAUAUCCAGGGAUUUUUUGCCAGGUGGUAGGAGAGAUUAUACAGUUCAAGUUCAGCUGAGACUUUGCCUGGCAGAGACAAGUUGCCCUCAAGAAGAUAACUAUCCUAAUAGUCUCUGCAUAAAAGUAAAUGGGAAGCUGUUUCCUUUGCCUGGCUAUGCACCACCACCCAAAAAUGGGAUUGAACAGAAGCGCCCUGGACGCCCUUUGAAUAUUACAUCUUUAGUUAGGUUGUCUUCAGCUGUGCCAAACCAGAUUUCCAUUUCUUGGGCAUCAGAAAUUGGAAAGAAUUACUCCAUGUCUGUAUAUCUUGUACGACAGCUCACAUCAGCCAUGUUAUUGCAGAGAUUAAAAAUGAAAGGUAUUAGAAACCCUGAUCAUUCCAGAGCACUAAUUAAAGAGAAACUUACUGCGGAUCCUGAUAGUGAAAUUGCUACUACUAGCCUUCGCGUGUCCUUGAUGUGCCCUUUAGGGAAAAUGAGGCUGACAAUCCCAUGCCGUGCAGUGACUUGUACACACCUACAGUGUUUUGAUGCUGCCCUUUAUCUGCAAAUGAAUGAGAAGAAGCCCACCUGGAUUUGUCCUGUUUGUGACAAAAAAGCUGCCUAUGAAAGUCUAAUUUUAGAUGGGCUUUUUAUGGAAAUUCUCAAUGACUGUUCUGAUGUGGAUGAGAUCAAAUUCCAAGAAGAUGGUUCUUGGUGUCCAAUGAGACCGAAGAAGGAAGCUAUGAAAGUAUCCAGCCAACCGUGUACAAAAAUAGAAACUUCAAGUGUCCUCAGCAAACCUUGUUCAGUGACUGUAGCCAAUGAGGCAAGCAAGAAGAAAGUGGAUGUUAUUGACCUUACAGUAGAAAGCUCUUCUGAUGAAGAGGAAGACCCUCCUGCCAAAAGGAAAUGCAUCUUUAUGUCAGAAACACAAAGCAGCCCAACCAAAGGGGUUCUCAUGUAUCAGCCAUCUUCUGUAAGGGUGCCCAGUGUGACUUCGGUUGAUCCUGCUGCUAUUCCGCCUUCAUUAACAGACUACUCAGUACCAUUCCACCACACGCCAAUAUCAAGCAUGUCAUCAGAUUUGCCAGGUUUGGAUUUUCUUUCCCUUAUUCCAGUUGAUCCCCAGUACUGUCCUCCUAUGUUUUUGGAUAGUCUCACCUCACCCUUAACCGCAAGCAGUACGUCUGUCACCACCACCAGCCCCCAUGAAAGCACUACUCAUGUUAGUUCAUCCAGCAGCAGAAGUGAGACAGGGGUCAUAACCAGCAGUGGAAGUAACAUUCCCGACAUCAUCUCAUUGGACUAAAAGGAGGACUCACUCGAUUCUAGGAAUCAUUCGUCAAAGCUGCUUUCUUGGAUCCCUGGUCCGCGGAAGCUAUUUUUUGGUAACAGUUACUUUGAUAUUUAUUGAAACGUCAAAUGGAUUCUUUUGCCUUUCGAGAGAUGAACACAGAUGACUGCAGCAAGAACCACAUGACACGCAAGGAUUUUUCUUAUCCCUGCUGUACUCUGAGCAUCAGACACAUCCAGCCAUAACUGUAUCUUCUUGAGAGAUGGAUUUCAAUUUCAUACGUUACUGGAUGGAUUCUACAAAUCAGUUAAUUUUUUUGUUGUAAUAAACAGCAAUAAAAUUAUGUAAAUAUUCAAGUAAACGUUUUUCUAAUUAAAAAGAAUGUAAUCAGUGGUUCUAAAAUGACAGCAAUCUUUGUUAAACCUGAUGUGAAGGAAAAAAUAUAUGGAAAGACAAUGUUUGCCGAAUGAGUCCGUUCCAUGGAGAUUUGUUCUCUUUCGUUGAAGUAAUGAAGUCUUGAUAAGUGGCCAAAGCUUGGGUUCGUUCCACUUUUAUUCCUGCAGUUCCACUUUCCUUCCUGAUUCCAUCCAAGAAAAAUGGCCCUUGUGUUACCCAUUUUUACCCGUGUCAUUUACAUUUGAUGCUGUGUGCUAAUGAAUGCAGAGUGAGGUUCUGGGAUUUGGUUGUGCUUUGUUAAGUGAUUGUACUGAAGAACACUAUCACCGACUGCCCUGACAUAAUGUGUGUUAUUUUUGGUAAUUGUACAUUUCUCAUUUAGGAGAUUUCUAUGAACUGGGCUUACCUUCUCAUAAAAGAAAGUCUCUGCAGCUGUUGAAUGAAAUUUUUUGGAGUGAGGUGUGGCUGGAAUGUUUGUUAGAAUUUUGUUCAUGCUGUCCAGAAAUACUGAGAGCUUGGUGGCAGUGCUUCGAAGAACAGAUUUAGGAGUAGUGGGAAUAACAAAGUCUAAUUUCUUCCUGAAGACUUCUUUUGCUCCUUUAUUUUAUAGAAAAAUGUACAAAUCUUCCUUGCAACUUUUCCGUUUAGUAACACUGACAAAGGAAAGAUGUGUUAGAUCUUAUAUUUCUCAUAAUGGUGGUUUUCAGAUUUAACAAACAAUACCAAAGGGAAGGGGGUGGCAUCAAAUUUCCUUUUCCUUUUUUAAAAAGAAUUUUUUCCUAAAACUGUGAAGGACAAAACAGAAAUGUUUGAAUGGAAGAAAGGAUGGGAGAGGAUGGGCCUGAAACCCACUUUGAAGACAGCUCUCUUGAGUAUCUGAUUUUAAAUCUCGUAGGAAACUUGAGUUGUACCCUUAGAGGAACAUUUUUAUCCAAAUGUUAAUAUUUUCCUUUGCUUCAUUUGGCCGCAGAAUGAUUUCUGAGUUCUUAAGGAGUUAAUAGUUCCCUAAUGUUUAGCUUUCUCUACCCGAACUAUAUCUACUUUAAAAAUCAGUCGUUUUUUUAAAAUGGGUUAAUCUGAUUUCUCCAACGAAAGUGGCCAGAUGAAGAGCCUCCCAAUUUCAGUUAGGAAAGGGAAUGCAUUACUUCAGGGUUUGUGCAACUCCAGGGAGCUGACUUGUCACUGGUUUUCUACACCUCAGUUUUUCAUGGCCUCUGUGCUAUUUUGUACCGACUCAUUUCAUAUGAUUUUCUACGUCAUCCCUUUGGCUGAAUCUUCCCCUUAAUGUAUUAUCCCUUUUGGAGAGCUGCUUAUUAAAAACAUGGAAAACAAACCUGAAUCUUCUUGCCAAUAGUUGCAUCAUAGUUGCCAGUUGUACCUUCUUAGUCUACUUUAUAGUCCUUUGGUCCAGAUGCAGAAUUUCUUGCUAGUAAAAUUUGAUGUUGCUGCUCUCAAUAAGGAUGCAAGUUCUGUUAACUCUAAUAGAAAAAGUAACCUGAUUUAUGUGGUAUAAUUUGUUAAUAAAGAAAUGCUGUAUAUUUGUUACCAUUUUGUUACCCUUUAGAUUCUCAAAGCCCCUCCCCCCCAUUUAACCAACAAAGUUUUAUAAAGUAAAUGAACAAAUUAAUAGAAAUUAGUUUAUUUACUUGGUUCUGGUAACUCAUACCUCUGUGCUUUUAUAGUUGUGCUUUGCUUCCUUUUCACUAUUUUAUGUGAACAGUUUUAUUGUUCAUUUUUGGUGCUUUACAUACAUUUCACAUAAAUUUUUAAUUUAUCUCAUACAGGCGACUAACAUUUUAAAAAAUAUGCUUUUAAGUUUAUAAUUUUAAAAUUGGGACUUUUGUGUAUCUUUGAAGGUGAGUAAUUUUCUUUAUGCUUUUGGCACUAUGGGAAUAGCGUGGUUUUUAAGCCAUUGUCCUUUUUUUAGUAUGGUCACUAAAUAUUUUUACUAAGACCCUGACUUUGUAGCAGUUUCUUUUACAACCCAGAUAUCUGCCCAACCAAGUAUAAUUCAGUUUUCAGAGGAGGUUAUCUAUAGCUGUUACUUAGAUGUCAGCCCGCGAGUGACAUCUUUAACAAUGACUUGAUAACGUUUAAGGAAAAGAAACUGUAGCUACUAGUCUCCUACGAACACUUAGCCUGUAUUUUCAUCUUGAUUCACAUAGAAAUGUUAAGAGAUUUCCUUGCUUUGGUAACUCCUGACAAUGUAACUGGUGCUGAGUGUAGCUUCACGCUUAAGGUCUGCUGACAUUUACUAACUUUCUGACUCUUAGGUGAGCCACUGUAGGAUUUUGUUUCCAUUUCUGCCCAGAAGGUAUAAAUACUAGGCAUCUGUUGUAGGAUAAUUAUACAGGCCACAUGAAACAGUAGAGGUAAAUUUAGGUUAUAUGACAUUUACUUGAUGAUGUAUUUCAGGAAAUUCAGAAUGAAAACACCAUGAUUAGGUGAAUGAUUGUGAAUGUAAAUGAAGAGAUCCGAAACUCUUGGUACAAAGUUUCCCCAGGGUAGAAUCUUAAGGAAUUGGAAGAAAGGUAAGAUGUUGAAUUUUAGAUGAAUGAUAUUCAACAGAGACCAUUCUGACUUUGGAUUCAGACCCGUCCUGGACAUCCAUCAUUUAGUAACCAAGUUGUCUGCUUGUCUUCUGCUCAAAAAGUAUUUAUUAGAUAUAUUUUGCCUUUUCAAGUAAAGUUGAUUUUUACAAAGCAUUAGUCUUCAGGUCUGUUUUUCAUUUCUCUCUAGCCCCACAAUGCGUAAAAAAAGUGUCAUUUUUUUUUCUGAUAAAACAGUUUUAUUUUCCUAAUCUUUUUCACCUUGGAAAAUGUAGAACCGUGCGCCAUUUCGAUUUGGGUCUGGUGAGGUAUUUUGUGACUCUAGAUCCAUGGGAGCAUGGAUGAAGUUGUUGUUUAGAUUGUGAUUAUUGACUGGACCUGGUUCACCAUCUUUUCCUGCUACAGUUCUUCACGAAUAUGGUGAAACUUGUGGAAACAAAUUUAAUAAUUUCUCUGCUUUUUAAAGAGUCUGAUGCUCCUGUCAAAUGAAUGACUGUUUGUAUGCUCCCACUUUUUUGUCAUUGUUGUUAGGAACCACGCUCCAGUUCCUAGCAGAAACAAAUAAAGCUGUACAAAAAUGCCCAUUCUUCUUUAA